AAAUGUGUUAUGAUGACGUAAAUGUCUGCGCGUGACGCCUGUUUUAGUCACGUGACCCAAGCACACGUGGGUGCACGCACAGACUUCUUCCGGGUUUAGGUUUACUCUCUGCAUAGUGUUUACGCUGCGAUCUUCAGACAUGAACAGCGAAAAUGUCAACUUAUGUGAGAAGAUUGUGUCGCCCUCCUACAUCAGACAGGGCUCAGAGGCGAGACGCAGCCAUGAGCAACUUAUCAGACAACUGCUGGAACAGGGGAAGUGUCCCGAGCAAGGCUGGAGUGAGAGUACCAUUGAACUUUUCCUCAGUGAACUGGCUUUGAUGGACAGCAAUAACUUCCUCUCAAACUGUGGAGUUGGGGAGAGGGAAGGCAGAGUCGCUUCCAGUCUCGUGGCCAGACGACAUUACAGGUUAAUCCAUGGCAUUGGUAGGUCAGGUGACAUUGCUGCGAUUCAACCAAAAGCUGCUGGAUCCAGUCUGCUCAACAAACUGACAAACUCUGUAGUUUUGGACAUUUUAAGACUCACAGGAGUCCGUAGCGUCUCGAGUUGUUUUGUCGUUCCCAUGGCGACAGGGAUGAGUUUGACGUUGUGCUUUUUGGCCCUUCGUCAUCGUAGACCUAAAGCUCGGUACAUAAUCUGGCCACGCAUCGACCAGAAAUCCUGUUUUAAAUCCAUGAUCACCGCUGGGUAUGAACCAGUCGUGGUGGAGAACGUUCUUGAGGGCGAUGAGUUGCGCACAGACCUGGAGGCUGUAGAGGCAAAGAUAGAGGAGCUAGGAGCCGAAAACAUCCUGUGUAUUCACUCAACAACGUCAUGCUUUGCUCCUCGCGUUCCUGACAGACUUGAAGAGCUUGCAUCUUUGUGCUCCAAACAUGAUAUACCCCACGUUGUCAAUAACGCUUAUGGAGUACAGUCAUCAAAGUGCAUGCAUCUUAUUCAACAGGGUUCACGAGUUGGAAGAAUAGAUGCUUUUGUACAGAGCUUGGACAAGAACUUCAUGGUUCCAGUAGGUGGCGCCAUAAUUGCAGGCUUUGACGAGGCUUUUAUUCAGGAGAUAAGCAAAAUGUAUCCAGGUCGUGCAUCUGCCUCUCCUUCUCUGGACGUCCUCAUUACCCUUCUCACUUUAGGAGCCAGCGGCUACAAGAAACUGCUCUCGGAGAGGAAGGAGAUGUAUUCAGUUCUGGCCCAGGAGCUCAAAAAUCUGGCCUCUGCCCACGGAGAGAGGCUCCUACACACCCCACACAACCCCAUUUCACUGGCAAUGUCUCUGAGUGGACUCCAAGGAGACGAUGACAAAGCAGUGACACAGCUCGGAUCCAUGUUGUUCACGCGCCAAGUGUCUGGAGCAAGGGUCAUACCUCUGGGAAAGGAGCAGACCAUAUCAGGGCACACUUUCCGCGGCUUCAUGUCCCACUCUGAGGCGUACCCCUGCCCCUACCUCAACGCAGCCUCCGCCGUGGGCAUCACCCGGGACGACGUAACUCUGUGCAUCAAGAGACUGGACAAGUGCCUCAAGACCCUGAAGAAAGACGUGGCUAGAAGUGGUCCCCCCGAGCCAAAACUGGACCAGGGGGACUGUGCAACGAAAGAGUAACAAAAACCCAUUCAAAAUUCACAGAUCAAGCAAGAUAUUUUAGCAACUGAUAGAUGAAUCAUAAACAUAAGUGUCAGUGUUUGGAACUAGAAUACAGGAUUAAGUUAUCGCCAUAGAACCAGCUAAAAUGUGCAGUUUUUAGGUAGAGAUAUAAAAUGUUUUAGACGCCUAAAUUACAGAGUUAGCAUGUUUGUUUGGAAAGACAAUCAAUAGCUAUUAGCAGAGGAAACUUUACUUCUUAAAUAAUUCCGGCCUUUGGGAUUUGCUAAUUGUUAUCAUUUAAGAUUAAUAACUUGAUUUGUAGCCAAAAUGUCAGUAGAAAAGAAAGUAAAAACAAAGAGUUGUGCCUUGAUGACCAUGUGAACUCUACAAAACAAAAUUUUUAUGGUCAUAUUAUGUUUUGCAGUUAUGAGGGUAUAGAUUGGUUUUCCCAUCGAACAGUUUACCUGAUGUAGCGCACAAAACAAUACACGCACACUGUACAUUACAUUCUUUUGUGUAUUAAAUAGGUAAUGUUAUCUAAUUGCUGCAAAUUGCUUGUAAAAGGUUUUCCAUUUGUGUACAUAAAUAAUUUAAACUGUAUAACUGUUCUUUAAGUGUGCAAUGUGCCAUGUGCAAGUGCAUUUCCAGGAAUAAUUUGAUUGGACUUUUCAUUUAUUAAAAAUGAAAAGUAAUGGUUUAAAAUGCUGUGUUCUGCUGCAUAUUGUAACACGAUCUAAAUGUUAUACACAUUAAAUCCAAUCUAAGCAGCGUGUACUGAGC